AUGGCGUAUUCCUGGGACAAUAGAGUCGCUUUUGUCGUGAGGUAUCUUUACGAUAUUGACAACAAUGGUUUCCUGGACUCCCACGAUUUCCAAUGCCUGGCACUGCGGACGUGCGUACUAGAAGGCAAAGGGGACUGCAGUCCAGCCCGUCUCCAAAAAUAUGAGAAUAUCAUGAUCAGCCUCUGGGAGGAGAUAUCGCGGCUGGCUGACUUCGACAAGGUGCCAGACUAUGAUGGUACCGUAUCCGUUGACGAGUUCAAGCAAGCAGUCAAAACCACUUGUGUUGGUAAAAAGUAUGAAGACUUUCCACAAGCGAUGCGUGCCUUUAUUGAGUCCAAUUUUAGAAUGAUCGAUAUUAAUGACGACGGAAUUAUGGGCGUCGAAGAGUUCAGAUAUGACUGUAUCCAGCGUAUGGUUGUGGACGACAUCAAAGUCAUUGAUGAAGCUUUUAAUUCUUUGUUAAACGACGAUGACAGAAGAAAAGGCGGCAUCUCGCUAUCAAGAUACCAAGAACUCUUUUCCCAGUUCCUGGCAGACCAGAACGAAGACUGUAGCGCUCGUCUACUAUUUGGACCCUUAGAACUAUAA